CAACUUUUACCUGCAGGUUCAGCAAGUUGAACGCAGAAUACAUUUUUUGUAAAGGUCUCCACUAACUAUUUUAGUCACUCAAACGAAUUCGCUUUAUUUAAAUUUAGUUAAACGUUCUCUUCUCCACAUAUAAAGUGUUGUGCGAGUGAGUUAGUUUUCAAACAAUGGCAACGAUUAAAAGGUACGUUUGUUUCUGAAAUAUUUUGUAUAUAGUUACAUAAUUGUAUAGUAAGUUUAAAAAGGCCUUUUAUUGUAUCGUUUUUGCAUGAAUAAGAAUAUUCUACAGUAAACGUGAACCUCCUUUGUGUCCCACGAAUUGAUGCAACUAAAUGCUAUUUCAUAAACCCUUAUUCUAAUGAUUUAUUUGUCUAUUAAAAAUAAAACUAUUAACCGAUAACGCGUAGAUAUACCUCGUGAUCAAAUAAACUGCUAUAUCCAUCUACGCAUUACCGUUAUAAGCAGAACUCAAAUAAAAACACACAGAACCGUACAUUUUACUUCGUACUCAUGUUUUAUUCCCAAACAACGCGGAGCUAAAAACUAGACACACGCGCACACGCGAAUCCACAUGACGCUGGAUUCAUCUCUCAAAGAUCACCUGCGCGCGCGCGCGCUGCGGCUCCGCGGCGAUGACGGACCGCCUCGAGGACGCGUCACCAUGGAAGCGCUCCGUUUGCGACAUCUAUUCGCCAUUUUGCUUCCUCGGUGUGUAGAACGUGUGUGUGUGUGCGUGCGUGCACGCGCGCGUGUGUGUGUGCCCGUGUAUGUGUGGGCUCCUCUCGGCGUGAAUGCCUCCGGAGCUUUUCUGUUUGUUUGUUUUUUACUCUCCACACAUCCAAACACUCCAGAAAUCAGCUGAAACAAGCCGAGGGGGGGAGAGUAAAAAUGUCCGCACUUGUGGAGCCGUCGCCGCCGCCGCAGCACGCCAUGGAGCUCGGGACGACGGGACAUUAAAUAGUCUCCUCGAGCGGAAGAACACCGGGGAGUAGGAGGAGGAGUAGGAGAAGGAGAAGGAGGAGGGGGGGAGAAAUUCGAGCUUGAUGACCAGGCCAGUGGGUUUCCCUCACCACUCGAGAUGAAAUCACCAAGUAAAGAGGACGGAUCCAUUUGGCCUCGCCGGAUCGUUGGCGCUCCUUUGAUUUCCCAAAUUUGACCACAGCCCCCGAGACCAUCAAUAAUGAUACCUGGAUUGAUCUCCCAGGAGUUACAGGAGCUCCUUCUGGACCUGAAAAAUUUCCAAAAUCGCACAAAUGGAGUGGAAGACCUCAGACGCAUCCUCUCGGAAGUGGACAUAAAAUCUGUCCCUUCUGGCAGUAUUGAGGAGUUCAUCAAUUUUCUCCCUCAACUUCUGGGUGACAGUAAUUUUAAAGUGUUGUUCGGCACUUUACAACUUUUAAACCUACUCAUUCAGAAACUAGACACAGGUGUAGAAAUAUAUUUCAAACAGAUCGUUCUAGUGGCUCUGAGGACCUUAGGGGACACUCACACCAUCACCAGAAAUGAAUACAUGAAUGUGUUUCGACAGUUGAUGAAAACUCUCCCGCCGCAGAAAGUCUUGGAUCUGGUCACUGGCCACUUGAAACACAAGAAUUCAAGGGUUCGGGAAGAUGUCCUGAACAUCAUUAUGGCAGCUAUGCUCACUCAUCCUGGAAAAGCUUUCAACAUCCCAAAGCUGUGUUUGGAGGUGGCCCCGUACCUGGCCGACAGCAAAAGGAAGGUCCGUCACGCUGCCCUGGAGCUGUUUGCUGUCUUUGACUAUUGCCUCGACACGGGCAGAAAGCAUCCUCUGAUGAAAGCUGUGGACAUGGUGGAGCUCGACGAGGACGCGGAGGGCCUCAUGGCAGCCGUGCAGGCGAGACGAGCGAGGCGCGUCCUGCCCAAGCUCUCCUCGGAUGGGGUGGUGGAGUACGGAUUGGUGGCCCCCAAACCAGCACACCGGUGCUCCCCGCAGUACGGCUCUGGGGCCGAUCUGGAUUGGGUGAUGAACGGAGGGCGGGCGAGCAGCGCUAGGAGCCACAGAACCGAACCGGACGGGGGGCGACUGUGCGGCUACGGCAGCCUAGGGUCGCUCACCGAUGACCUUCCGCUUCAAAGGAGGAUCGUCAGUGCCGGCAAAGGGAAGAACAAACUGCCCUGGGAGACGUCGAGCUGCUCCUCCACUGAGAAUGACCAGCAAUGGAACAAAAAGUGCUCUGAAAAGGUGUCCGGUAAGGAUUUCAUUCCACUGUCCAAGAAGCUGAGUCAAGAGAACUACAUACCAAGUUUUAGUUCUUCUCCAACUCAAAAGCCACAAUCCUCUAGAAGGAGGGAGUCCCCUGCACGCCUCAGAAGAAGCGGAAGCCUCAACUUGGACCCCGACAUCUUUAAAUCCACCAACUUUUCUGAUCCAGAUGUUGGGGCACCCAAAGGUCGCCUGCUCUCAAGCAACUCCAGUGUUGAGCGCACGUUCUCCCUCCCCUCGAACCACACCACGUCAGGAUCCUUCCUGCUGCCCUCCUACCCACUGGCCUCCCUCCAAGGACGCAUCCUUACUCCGACACUGUCCCGCCGCCAUGCAGACUCCUCCCUCUCUAUGUCCAACACGUGGCCACACAAGAGAGAGAACAACCCUGACCAGCGGGACGGCAGCCCAUGGAGAGACACGUUGUGCACAGCAAAGGGAGACCCUCCCUCUGGCGGAUGCUCGCCCCGGCCUCUUCGGGCCUCCCUUGUGAGUUCCUCUUCCACUUCGUCUUUCCGCCGGGCCCUGAGCAGCACCAGGGCGUCCCUAUCUCUCUCGCCAGUCGUCCCACCUGCAGAGCCGGCCCAGAACCAUAACGGCCAGCGGUCCAAUGCUGCCGGCAGCCCUCGGAACCAGCAGCCAGAGAGGGACCUUCACCUGGACUCUGGUGGAAUCUAUGUGGCGCGAGAAACUCAAGAGAAUGAUCCUCUGGACAUGCAGGAGAUGCAGAACUCCCUGCGCUCGUUGCGCAACAGUGCUGCCAAGAAGAGGGCCAAGGUGAGCCUCAGCCAUUCAGAUCCAGACAGCCCCGACUCAGCAGUGAGGCUGGACCUGGGUCCGGACUCACUAUCGCACACCUCCCCGACGCUUACCAGCUCAGCCAGCGAGAGCGAGAGUCUGAGCUCACUCGGCAACUAUAGCUUCAAUGGCAUCAGAACCAGUCCCGGAAACUCUGCUUCUCCGGGAGUGAAAGCUCCGAUUGAGAGAACGCCGUCAGCUACACUGAGGUCUUCUGUGUCCAUGGACUUCAGCAGCCUUCCGGGAUUGUCACAGGGAAACGAACAAUUGUCCGACGUGGGUGUUUUGGGGCAGAGAGUCGCUCACUCCAACGGUACAAUCGAAACCGAGGAAGAGAACACAAGGCCGUCGCCUCCGCUGGUCAAACCGGCCUUCCUCGAAUCAGUCAGAGCUCUGAGGCCGGUCAAAGGCAUGUUUGGCCCCGCGCCGCCCUCCAGCCGUCCAGGAGACGCCUCGUUACUUGAGCAGGGUGACUCUGCGGCCAAACCCCCCACUGAGCCCUCAGCGGGCAUCUACAGCCACGCUGGGUCCGGCACUCACCGAGACAGUGACGACAGCCCCCGUCCAGAGGAGCUGAUGCAGAGGGUGAACAAUGGCCGGUUCAGCCGGAAUAAGACAAGGCUGCAGUGUCUGGAUCAACAAGAGGGGCGGUGCAGUCAAGUGGACCCCGCACGAGACAAGAUCCGCCAACGCGUGAGACAGAUGCUGUGUGACUCACCGACAGAGGACAAUAGAGCGUUAAUCAGCAAAGAUGUGCAUCUCAACGGCAGCACAACGGCUUUCAAAUCAGGCCGUCUCCCUGACGAGUCUCCUGUCAGCCCCACCAGUCCUGUCGGCCAACCGGGACCCCAGAGCUUCACUCCGCCGCACCAGCCGAGCCCCCCCACGGUGCCCCCCAACCCCAAAAAACUCUCCCGUCUGCGCAGGGCCCCGAGCCUCAGCAGGACCCAACCGUCGCUGUCCCACAGCUCAGAUGAGCUGUCCCCUGGUACUGUGGGCCACAAGAGGAACGUCUCGGAGCCUCCGGAGCCGCGUCCCUUUUCCAAGCCCGACCUGGCGCUGACGCAGAGCUUCAACCUGCUCGGCUCGGAGGACUGGGAGAAGAAGAUCGAGGGUCUGACGUUCCUGCGCAGUCUGGCUAACUUCCACUCGGACACACUGCAGGGCAGUCUCCAUGAUGUUUGCCUGUGUGUUAUUCAAGAGGUGAAGAACCUGCGCUCAAGUGUCUCCAGGGUUGCCGUAUGUACGCUGGGUGACCUGUACACCCAUCUCGAGAAGGCGAUGGACCAGGAGCUGGAUGGGACGGUCAAAGCUUUACUGCAGAAGGCCGGGGAGUGCAACACCUUCAUCAGGCAGGACGUAGAUGCCGCACUGGGCUGCAUGGUCCAGCACUGCACACCAACUCGUGGCAUCAACGCUCUCCUCUCUGGGGGACUCGGUCACCUGAAUGCAGUGGUGAGAAAAUGCGCCGCCCAGCACCUGGUCAACCUGGUGGAGAAGGUUGGUGUGACCCGCCUUCUUUCUGGAGGUAAAGAUCUCACUGACAGGAUCCUCCCUGCCGUCGCCAGACUCACACAAGACUCCUCGCAGGAAGCAAGGUACUUUGGGCGUCGAAUGCUGCUCUCUCUGUCAUCCCACCCGGACUUUGACAAGAUCCUGGAGAAAUAUAUCGCCCCCAAAGACCUGCCGACCGUCAGAGACACUGUUUUCACUCUCAAGACAAAGGGUCUCGGUGAGAUGCCCCAAGAAACCCAGUCUGCCAGAGGUCGGCGCUCCCUCCCGGGCAGCGGUACAGUCAGGGCCUCCUCUCUCACCAGAGAGCCACUCAACCAGACCACCAGGGAGUCAAAUAGCCAUUACAGCAGCAGACCUCAGACACAGAGUAUCGCCGACAAAAACGAAUACAUCCAGCAGAUCUCAGGUCUGCUGGGUUCAAAGGACUUCAGAGAGAGGAUCAAGGGAAUCGACCAGCUCGUAGCCGACAGCCAGCACAACCCCAAACUGGUCAUCAAUAGUAUUUACCCGUUGUUUGAUGCGUUCAAGGCCAGGCUGCAGGAGUCCAACGCCAAGGUCAACCUGCAUGCCCUCGAGUCCCUACAGAAAAUCAUCCCCCUCUUAAAGGACAACUUGUCCCAAGUGGUCAACAUCCUGGUCCCGGCAAUCAUGGACAAUCACCUAAACUCCAAGAACAACGCCAUCUACUCGGCUGCCGUUGAAGCUAUUGAUGCACUUAUCUUAAAUCUUGAUAACGUGCUUCUUCUUCAGCCUUUCUGCACAAAGGCCCAGUUCCUAAAUGGCAAAGCAAAGGUGGAUCUUAUCCAAAAGGUCGCAGAUCUUGUGACAGCGCUCUACCCUCGUAAGCCGCAGAUGGUGGAGCAGAGAGUGCUUCCCUUGCUGUGGCACCUCCUGGGCACCUCCACCCACAGCGGCACCAUCCACGGCCGGGGCGGCAGCGUGAGGGGUGCCACAGCCACCUUGUGCCAAGCCCUUUACGCCCAGAUGGGGCUGAGCCUGACGGCUUGUGCCGCCGCCCAGCCCGCCAAUGUCCACACGCGUUUAAACGAGGUCUUGAGAACCUCAUCCUGAAAGGUGAAACCGAAUCCAUCCUAAUGUCGGAACAGAAGAACUCGGAGACUGACCUUACUUGAAGACAGAGAUGUUCUACAUUUCUUAUAGUGCCUGCACUUUUAUAUCAAUAAAGAGAAAUUCCCUUAAAAUCUUAAUCUUAUAUCAGUGAGAUUCCCUCUGGUACAGAAGCACGGGCGGCUUUAACAUAGACACGUACUCAACCUGCUCUCUUUGCACUUUGAAAAGGUAGCUCAAUUAUCAUGAUCGAUUUCAUGAGUUUUUACAUUUUACCAUCCAACGAUUGUCAUUGCUUUUUUUUUUCUCAACACGUACUGUAGACAAAUCAGAGACACUAUUGCAGAAUGUAAGAUUUAAAUGCACAAAGGACGAGGAAGACAGGGAUAUGAAAGGUGUAUAUUUUUGCUGUUUCAUCAAAUGUGAUAUUUUCUAAAUGUCUUACGUAGGUGUAUUUUUGUGAAUAGAGAUUAACAAAAUACUUUUGUACAGUUCGUGUAUUUGCACAGUAUUAGCUUAUUCUGUAAUUGUAUGCUGUAUAAUGGUACAGUUUAUAACUGAACUAUUGUGUAAUGGUUUAAGUCUUGUUAAUGAUGUGCCGAGUUGGAAUCUUGUCUUUUUCGCUUUGCAUGACCAAAAUUUACUUGCGGGAUCAAUUUUUUUAAUAUUUUGGUUAUGCGUAUAUUUCCUUUCACGCUGUAUAUAUUCCUUCCCAUGCUGUGUGUGUAUGUAUGUGUAUAUACACGCACACACAGCAUGAAAGGAUUGCAGUAACACUCCAGAUGUUGCCUGAGAAACAUUGAAGAUCGGAUUGUCUCAGUAUAGUGCCAGAACUUCAAGUAGCCUUUUAACCCAUCUAUUGUUAAAUUAUAUUGAACUUGUUUGUGAACAAGAGACAGAGCUAUAUAUAUAUAUAUAUAAAUAAAAAGUUUAUUUCUGUAAAACCAA